CAGUAGAUGGGGGAAAAUAAGUUGGGAGUGUUGGCAGAUCAGCUGGUAACACAAAGCAUUACAAAACGGAAGUGAAGCUUUGCACAGGUUGGAAGGUAGGAGGAAACCUGACUUUGGAAUAGUAAAUGGAAAUCUGUGGAGGAAUCAAAAAGGAAUUAAGUAUAACAAAACUAAUGGGUGAUAGUGACUUUCUUGGCAUUUUGAGUGGGUUGAAGGGAUGGAAUGGCUGGGAAGUCAACAAUAAGGAAGAGGUCAAGAUACCAUAGUGUAAUUCAGAACAUACUUUACAUCUGUGUAUUAUGUAGUAAAGUUAAAAUUGGUGAAAUGCUGGCUGUCUCAUAGUUGUCACGAUGGUCAUAGGAAGGAAAGGUCUAAGUGUAUAGAUACGGUUUUGGUUGUGUUGUGGAUUUUUUUUUUUUUAAUAGCUUCUACAAGCUUCUGUGGCACUUCUGCAACAAUGAACUUGUCUGGCCAAUUUUUACGGUUUUUGGGCAGCAGUGUGUUUGUCUAAAUUGCAACCAGUGCAGCAAUUGAAAAGGAAGUAUCUUACUGCAUAAAUAGCAGUACAACAACAGGAAAGCAUUGCAGAAAUUCAGAAAGAUGUGGAAUAUCGACUGCCGUUCACUGUAAAAAACUUGACAAUUAAUAUUAAUAUCUUGCUGCCGCCUCAAUUUCCGCAGGAAAAACCAGUCAUCAGUGUUUUCCCACCUGUGAGACAUCAUUUAAUGGACAAGCAGGGUGUAUAUGUGACCUGUCCAUUAAUAAGUAAUUUUACAAUGCACUCGGACCUUGGAAAAAUUAUUCAAAGUUUAUUGGAUGAGUUUUGGAAGAAUCCACCAGUUUUGGCUCCUAGCUCAACAUCAUUUCCAUACCUUUACAGCAAACCAGCUGGAAUGCCUCCGUAUGCUCCUCAGGCGUUUCCAUUUCUUCCUCCGUAUCCACCUCAAGAAACAAAUAGAACUAUAGCCCCUGUGCCAGUUGCUGAAUCAGUUCCUUCAAGUUACGCUGCGGAUAAGCCUGCUGCUCCCUCUUAUGGCUUGAUUGCUGAUUUGCCGCUGCCUGUUCCAACAGCGGAAGCAGCACUUCAGGUUGGCCAGAAUGGAUUUACUUACAAGAUGCCUGAUGUCCCUGAUACGUUUCCAGAGCUCUCAGAACUAAGUAUAUCGCAGCUGACCAAUAUGAAUGAGCAAGAGGAAGUGUUACUGGAACAGUUUGUGAAUCUACCACAGCUGAAGCAAGUCAUUACUGAUAGAGAUGAGUUAGUGAAAAGCAUUGAAGAGCUGGCAAAAAAAAACUUAUUGUUGGAGCCUAGUUUAGAGGCAAAAAGACAGGCAGUGUUGGAUAAAUAUGAGCAACUCACACAGAUGAAAGCAGCCUUUGAGAAAAAGAUGCAAAGACAGCAUGAACUUAGUGAGAGUUGCAGUCCAAGUGCUUUGCAAGCCAGACUGAAAGUAGCUGCUCAUGAAGCUGAAGAGGAAUCUGACACUCUUGCAGAAGACUUCUUGGAAGGCAAAACAGAAAUAGAUGACUUUCUCAGUAGUUUCAUGGAAAAGAGAACACUUUGCCACUGUAGAAGAGCCAAAGAGGAAAAACUUCAACAGGCAAUAGCAAUGCACAGCCAAUUUCAUGCUCCGCUAUAGAACUCCUGCAAAAUAGACCUGCCAAGAGAAGAGUGAACAAACCCAAUAAAGCACACUUUUUAAUAACUAUUAUUUGCAGAUAAGCGUUUCAUCAUAUGUGGUUGUAUUUCUAGAGAAGAUUGUAUACAGAGCUGAGACAGUUUUUGUACAAAUAAGAAUGUCUCUUUAUAUUCUCAUUGUACACAUGAGAUCCUUCUAUUGCAAUCUUUGCACUAAUUUCUUGUAUUUAUUGUUGAUAGUUCUUGUUAUACUUGAGUUCCUGCUGCUAUACCCCAUUCUUCAGAGCUUAAAUACAAAACCAUGUAAUUUUGACUAGCUUUUUACAUUUUUAUAAAAACAUGAUUCAUAUCUUUUGUAUUAUUAACUUUAAGCAUAGGUUUGGCUUGAUCUGUGAAAGAGUUUGAGACAGCUGGUAAUAAGGCUUUGGAAACUGAAGAAGUUAAUAAUUUGAGGUUGUCAGUGAAUUCACAGGCUGUUUUUUCUUGAAGCCAAAAGUGUUUCAUAACAAUUUUUUUAAAGUAAUAAUACAAAACUAAAUAUAACCUGUAUUGUGUUUUGGAUAAGUAGAUUUGACUUAAGCAAAGUAUGUUUUGGAACAAAUUAUAUUGGAAUCAAAAUCAAAUAAAUGAUCUCCAGAUUUAGUGUUGCUCAGUAGUACUAAUGGAGUUUUGAUUUCAGGAGUGGCAUGGUACCUACCACUGUAACUAAACGCGAUUUUCAUUUAGUGAUUUCAUUUUCGUAUUUGAUUUUACUUGGAAAGAAAGAAAAAAUUCAAGUCACUUCCUAGUUUUGGUGUCUCAUGCAACAUGAAUACAUUUAUCACGUGAGGAACCCAAAAGCGCUUUACAAAAACUUGCUUCUAGAGUUCUUUGUGAAGUAGCAGUUAUUUUCUCUAAUUUUUAAGAAGUGAAACCUGUUUUGUCUAGGGUUACACAGUGUUAUAUCAAGGCCACUGAUGAAAAUUUGGAUCAGUGUGUCUUAAUCCUGUCCUUUAAUCACUGAAUGUUCUCAGGUGAGCUCAUUUUUUUUCAGGAUGGGGGAUGCAUCAGGUGAGAACGGAUAGCACAGCCAAGGACCAAGUACAGUAUUCUGUAGGGA